AUGUUCAAGAGCGGCAUUUCCUCCUUCGCUCGCGCGGCUCGCCCUGCCUUCCGGGCUGCGGCUCCUCUGCGUGCCGUCAAGCCUGCCCCCUUCCGAGCCCUCAACAGCCGAUUCGCGAGCACUUCUGGUGUCGGUGAUGGCAAGAUCUACCAGGUCAUCGGUGCCGUUGUGGAUGUCAAGUUCGACACUGCCAAGCUGCCCGCUAUCCUGAACGCUCUUGAGACCGAUAACAAUGGCCAGAAGCUCGUGCUCGAGGUCUCGCAACAUCUCGGAGAGAACGUCGUUCGUUGCAUUGCCAUGGACGGUACUGAGGGUCUUACCCGUGGUGCCCCCGCCAAGGACACCGGUGCUCCCAUCACCAUUCCCGUCGGUAACGCUACUCUGGGACGUAUCAUGAACGUCACUGGUGACCCCAUUGACGAGCGUGGCCCCAUCAAGUCCGAGAACCACCUCCCUAUCCACCGCGAAGCCCCCGAGUUCACUGAGCAGUCCACCGCUGCUGAGAUUCUCGCCACUGGUAUCAAGGUUGUCGAUCUGAUUGCUCCCUACGCUCGUGGUGGAAAGAUUGGUCUCUUCGGUGGUGCCGGUGUCGGUAAGACUGUGUUCAUCCAGGAGCUUAUCAACAACAUUGCCAAGGCUCACGGUGGUUACUCCGUGUUCACUGGUGUCGGUGAGCGUACUCGUGAGGGUAACGAUCUGUACCACGAAAUGCAGGAAACCUCCGUCAUUCAGCUUGAUGGCGAGUCCAAGGUGGCCCUGGUCUUCGGUCAGAUGAACGAGCCCCCCGGUGCCCGUGCCCGUGUCGCCCUCACUGGUUUGACUGUCGCCGAAUUCUUCCGUGAUGCGGAAGGUCAGGAUGUGUUGCUCUUCAUUGACAACAUUUUCCGCUUUACCCAGGCCGGUUCUGAGGUGUCUGCCCUUCUGGGUCGUAUCCCCUCUGCCGUCGGUUACCAGCCCACCCUCGCCGUCGAUAUGGGUGGUAUGCAGGAGCGUAUUACCACUACCAAGAAGGGUUCCAUUACCUCCGUCCAGGCUGUCUACGUCCCUGCUGACGAUUUGACUGAUCCUGCCCCCGCCACCACCUUCGCUCACUUGGACGCCACCACUGUCUUGUCCCGUGGUAUUUCCGAGCUGGGUAUCUACCCUGCUGUCGACCCUCUCGACUCCAAGUCCCGUAUGAUGGAUCCCCGUAUUUUGGGUGAUGAGCACUACGACACUGCCACUCGUGUUCAGCAGAUUCUUCAGGAAUACAAGUCUCUCCAGGAUAUCAUUGCCAUUCUGGGUAUGGACGAACUUUCUGAAGCUGACAAGCUUACUGUCGAGCGUGCCCGUAAGAUCCAGCGUUUCCUGAGCCAGCCUUUCACCGUCGCCCAGGUUUUCACUGGUAUCGAGGGUAAGCUGGUUGACCUGAAGGACACCAUCAGCUCCUUCAAGGCUAUUCUCAGCGGAGAGGGUGACAGCCUUCCCGAGAACGCCUUCUACAUGGUUGGCGAUUUCGCCUCGGCCAAGGAGAAGGGUGAGAAGAUUCUCGCUGAGCUCGAGCAGAAGAGCUAA